AAAGAUAUGACAUUACAGAUAGACACGGCCAGAGAAAGCCACAGAGAAGAAAGAAGCUAACACACUUUGACAUCCAUUUUUAUUAAUAAAUUUUUUUGGUGUGCAUCAAACCACACCACACCACACCACACCCAACAACAAAGACAAAGAUUCAAAGAACAAAGAAGAAGAAGAAGAAGAAGAAGGUGUUGCUUUUCUUUCUUUCUCUCUCUUUCUUUCUCUGAAAUCAGUGUGAACGACCCAUCAAAAUUUCACACACUGAAAUGCUUAUUUGAUUUCAAAGCUUGAUUCUUUUCAUCGUUUCCCAAUCUGGGUUCCGCUCUGUUCCUUAAAACAUCACCAAAUUACUCUUUUUUAUAUUGAAAACCAAAGCCAUCGCCAUGGGAAGAGGCAGAGGAGCUGCGGCUCUGAAACCCACGGCGGCGGUUGCGGCGGCGGAGGUAAACGGAUCAGGGCCGAUGCCAGUAUUGAAGGAAGUUAGAUACCGCGGCGUGAGGAAGAGACCGUGGGGAAGAUUCGCCGCUGAAAUCAGAGACCCGUUGAAGAAAGCGAGGGUUUGGCUCGGAACCUUCGAUUCCGCCGAGGACGCCGCACGCGCUUACGACGCCGCCGCAAGAACACUCCGGGGACCAAAAGCCAAGACCAAUUUUCCUCUCUCUUCUCCUUUUUGCUACCAGAACAACCCCCAUAGCGCCGUCGUGGAUCCUUACUACUACGCCGCCGUAAACGGCGGCGCCGGCGGCGGGUUUCAGGAGAGUCCGGUGAACCCUCAGAGGCCGACGUGCAGUGGAAUGAGCAGCACAGUGGAAUCGUUCAGCGGGCCGCGGACGAUGAAGGCGCCGCCGUGUACGGUGGCGCCGGCGACGGUAGGUAGGAGGUACCCUCGGACUCCUCCAGUUGUGCCAGAAGAUUGCCAUAGUGAUUGUGAUUCUUCAUCGUCGGUGGUUGACGACGGCGAUAAUAUUGUUUCGUCGUCGUUUAGAGCGCCGUUGCCGUUUGAUCUCAACGCGCCGCCGUUGGAGGGUGGCGAUGAUGAUGAGCUUCGCUGCACCGCCUUGUGCCUUUGAAUGAUUCUAUAUUUGAAGAAAUGAUGACUUUUAAUAUUUUUUUCUUCUUAUAUCUCUAUUAAAUCUUUUUUUUCUUCUGUUAUUAUUUUUUUUCUAUCUGUUAUGAUGCGGAAGAAAGCAAAAAAAAAAAAAAUUGAAAUGAAUGAUGAUCAGAUAUAAGAUUAUGGUAA